AUGGUCGCUGAAGAUAUAUCGCACGAGAUACUGGAUAAUCCAGAACUGUACGGGCUUCGCAGAUCAGGAAGAGCUGCAGCCACAAGCCGUACGCACUAUUUUUCAGACGAUGAUGAUGAUGAUGAGGUUGUAACUACAAGACGUGGAAGAAAAGCCAAAACCGACAAAGAUGUAAAUGAAGAUGAGGUAUCAGAGCUUAGCAGCGAAGCUGAUGAUGAAAGCAUGACGGAUGGAGAUGAAGAGGUAGUCUUUGGACGACCAAAGGCCACAAAAAGUAGAAAAACCUUGAAAGGUGGAAGAAGCAAACCAAAAAAGUCAAACGCGACCGAUUUUGAAAUCCCCACAAGAUUCUCUUCCAGACAAAACAAAUCUGUUGAUUACAACAUUGACUAUUCCGAUGAGGAUUUACUGGAAUCAGAAGUUGAAGAAGGUGAAGAGUUAAGUGACGAAGACGACCUAGACUCUCCUAAGCAAAAUUCUGUGACACCUCAGACGGGGCGCGGUAUUGAUCUAGUUGUCACACAUAGGCCAAAAUCGGAUACUGAGGAAUACAAAGGCCCUAUCGAUUUAGCCACCUGUAAAGAGAACUACAAGUUUUUGAUCAAGUGGGUGGAUGAAUCACAUUUGCAUAAUACCUGGGAGUCUUACAAAGAUUUGGCUCACUUUCGAGGUGCGAAAAAGGUCGACAAUUACAUCAAGCAGUUUAUCAUUCUGGAUAAACAAAUUCGGGAUGAUACAUAUACCACGGCGGAGGAUAUAGAAGUCAUGGAUUUAGAGCACGAACGUCGCUUAGAUGAAUUCGAGGAAUUCAAAAUACCCGAAAGGGUUGUGGAUAGUGACCGCGUCACUCUAGAAGACGGCACAUCUCAGUUACAAUAUCUGGUUAAAUGGAGACGUUUGAACUACGAUGAAGCUACUUGGGAGAAUGCUGGUGUUGUUGUAAAGUUGGCUCCAGAGCAGGUGAAGCAUUUUCAGAGCAGAAUUAACUCUAAAAUUCUUCCACAACACUCAAGUAAUUAUGGCUCUCAAAGACCCCGCUUCGAAAAAUUGAAUGAGCAACCCUCUUUUGUAAAAGGUGGUGAGCUUCGUGAUUUCCAGCUAACUGGUAUCAACUGGAUGGCUUUUUUAUGGUCAAAAAAUGACAAUGGUAUCCUAGCCGACGAAAUGGGUCUGGGGAAAACAGUUCAAACUGUAGCAUUCAUUAGUUGGCUAAUUUAUGCGCGUAGGCAGAAUGGGCCACAUUUGGUCGUGGUUCCGCUAUCAACAAUGCCUGCUUGGCAAGAGACCUUCGAUAGGUGGGCGCCCGACCUUAACUGCAUUUAUUUUAUGGGUAAUCAAAAAUCCAGAGAUGCGAUCAGAGAGAGCGAAUUUUACACUAACCCUCAAGCAAAAGGUAAGAAGCACGUUAAGUUCAACGUUCUCUUGACAACUUAUGAGUACAUUUUGAAAGAUCGCACUGAUCUAAGCGCUAUAAAAUGGCAAUUCUUAGCAGUUGACGAAGCUCAUCGUCUAAAGAAUGCCGAAUCAUCUCUUUACGAGUCCCUUAACAGUUUCAAGGUAGCAAAUCGUCUGUUGAUCACUGGUACACCUCUUCAAAAUAAUAUCAAAGAGCUUGCAGCACUUGUGAACUUUUUAAUGCCGGGAAGGUUCACCAUUGAUCAAGAAAUUGAUUUUGAGGUACAAGAUGAAGACCAGGAGAAGUACAUUCGAGACUUGCAUAGCAGAUUGCAACCUUUCAUUUUACGUCGUUUGAAAAAGGACGUUGAGAAAUCUCUUCCUUCAAAAACUGAACGCAUAUUAAGAGUAGAGUUGUCAGAUGUUCAAACAGACUACUACAAGAACAUCCUCACUAAAAACUACAGCGCUCUUUCGGCAGGCUCGAAAGGCGUUCAUUUCUCACUUCUCAAUAUUAUGAAUGAGCUCAAGAAGGCUUCUAACCAUCCUUACCUUUUUGAUACUGCUGAAGAUCGUGUUUUGGCGAAGUUUGGGGAUGGAAGAAUGUCUCGCGAGAAUAUUUUGCGAGGCCUUAUAAUGUCUUCAGGAAAAAUGGUACUUUUGGAUCAACUUUUGACCAGGCUAAAGAAAGACGGCCAUCGUGUUCUGAUCUUUUCCCAAAUGGUAAGAAUGCUAGACAUAUUGGGCGACUAUCUGAAUAUCAAAGGUGUCAAUUACCAACGGCUUGAUGGUACUGUUCCAUCUGCUCAAAGACGGAUAUCAAUUGAUCAUUUCAAUUCUCCUGAUUCCAAUGAUUUUGUUUUCUUGCUUUCCACGAGAGCCGGUGGGCUAGGAAUUAACCUGAUGACUGCUGACACGGUGAUCAUUUUCGAUUCAGACUGGAAUCCCCAAGCCGAUUUACAAGCUAUGGCCCGUGCUCAUCGUAUCGGGCAGAAAAAUCAUGUCAUGGUCUACAGAUUUGUGUCGAAAGAUACGGUUGAAGAAGAGGUUUUAGAAAGAGCGCGUAAAAAGAUGAUUCUGGAGUACGCCAUCAUUUCUCUAGGGGUUACUGAUGGUAGCAGUUUUUCUCAAAACAAAAAAGCAGACCCUUCUGCUGGAGAGUUGUCAGAAAUUCUAAAAUUUGGCGCUGGAAAUAUGUUCAAGGCCAACGACAACCAGAAGAAGUUGGAAGACUUAAAUCUAGACGAUGUCCUUAAUCAUGCUGAAGACCAUGUAACAACACCGGAUUUGGGUGAGUCGCAUUUGGGUGGCGAAGAGUUUCUGAGACAGUUUGAGGUCACAGACUACAAAGCAGACGUGGAGUGGGAUGAUAUCAUACCUGAAGAGGAGCUCAAGAAGCUAAAAGACGAAGAGCAAAAGCGGAAGGACGAGGAAUAUGUCCAAGAGCAGCUGCAAUUAAUGAAUAGAAGAAACAAUGCAUUAAACAAAAUAAAAGCAUCUGUCAACGGCAAUGGUGGUAACCAAAACGACAGCGAUGAAGGAACCUCUAGGUCAGAAAAAAGAAGAAUAAAAAGCGAAAGUUUGGACUCUUUUGGCGAAAAAGAAAUUCGUGCACUGUACAAAUGCGUACUAAGAUUUGGUAAUCCAGAGGACAGGUUUGAGGAAUUGAUAGGAGAUGGGUCUCUGCCAAUGAGAACCAUUGACGUUUACUCUAAACUUUACCGUGAAAUGACUGAAAAGGCCAGUAAAGUUUUCAAAGAAGAAGAUGAAACCCGUUCACAAAUGUUUUCCGUCCUCGAGGCCAAUGCGAAAGCAUAUAAAGAGAAGCUGAAAGCAAAUGGCCAGCAGCUCGAUGAGAAAGAUAAAACCACGCCUGUUGCUAAGCUUGCAGCCAAAAGAAAGGAAAAGAAGGCCAUCCUUUUCGAAUUGUAUGACGUCAAAUCAUUGAACGCGGAAACUGUACUGUCAAGACCAGAGGAGAUGCAAUUUUUGUCUUCAUUCCUCCUGAAGAACUAUCCUGAUGAUCCACUGCUGUUCAAAUUUGUUAACAAAAUUCCUAAGCCAGUGACGAACUGGAAUUGUGCUUGGAACAAAGAAGAUGACGAGAAAUUGAUGGUGGGUGUCAACAAAUAUGGAUAUGGUUCUUGGGCCCAAAUAAGAGAUGAUCCUUUCCUAGGCUUGACUGAAAAGAUUUUCCUCAAUGAGCCUCAAGGCGCGAAUUCGAAGGCUGAAUCGGAAGCUGCUAAUGGUCCAGGACAAAAGAAGGGCAAGAAUAACACCACGGCUGGCUCUAAAAAGGUUCCUGGUUCAGUGCAUUUGGGUAGAAGGGUGGAUUACUUGUUUUCAGUGUUACGUGAUGAAAUAAAACCACACACCUCCUCAGGUGCCAACAGUGGGAACUCAACACCCUCAAUGUCACUACAAGGAAAUACAAAAAAACGUGUCAGAAAACCAGCUGGUAGUAAAUCAGGAACCCCAGAUGUUAAGAAGGAGGAAAAUCGCGCCGGAACCACUAAGAGAACCAAGAGAAACGAUGACUCUCAAAAAAGUACCCCAUCUUUGGGUACUGCCGCUAAAAGGCAUCAAUCUGCCAAGGCCGCUGGCGGAGACCGUGGUGCUUCGGUCGCUUCCGAUAAGGAGUACGACAGUAUGGAAGAGGCCGAAUGCAAGCAUACCAUGCAAGCUGUAAAAAAUUCCUUCAGAAGUUUGAGUCGCGGCGGAAAAGGUUUGGAUCGGAAGGAUUGGGCCCGCAUUUUGAAAACAGAGUUGAAGGCUAUUGGAGACCACAUAGAGGCUCAAAAGGGCUCCUCGAAGAAACAUGCAGCCGAAAAGUUUCGCAAACAUCUAUGGGCCUUCAGUGCUCACUACUGGCCUGCUAAGGUAAAGAGUCCGAAACUUUUGGCAAUGUACGAUAAAAUUGUUGCUAAUGAUGGAUCCUGA